GAGCGGGAGAGAGAGAGGGAGCUGAGAGAGACACACGAGAGCUGCCUGUCUCACAAGUGCCUGCACUGCAGCUUCCUGUUCUCCAACCUGCACACCAUGCAGAGGCACAUGAGCGCCAAGCACCCCCUGCUGAAGAGAGGGGGCCCCCUCCCCGAGCCCCUGGGGCAGCCAGCGCUGAAGCAGGCCUGCCUGGAAGAGGGGGAGGUGCUGACUGUGAGGAUCAAAGAGGAGGAGGAGAGCCAGACCUCUGGAGCCUUCAGCGACUGGGGUUCGAGCGAGCACCCCCUGCAGGAGGAGGAGGAGGAGGAGGAAGAGGAGGAGGAGGACCGCCCCUUCGUGUGUCACGUGUGCUCCCUGCCCUUCCCCUCCCCUCGGGCCCUGCUGGCUCACCAGCCCUCGCACCUGGACCCGCGCCCCUUCAAGUGCCCCAUCUGUGGAGACGGCUUCGAGCAGCCGGCUGCCCUGGCCAGCCACGAGCGCCGGCACCUGCGCCAGUCCCGCUAUGUGUGCUGCGACUGCGCCAUGGUGUGCGCCAGCCUGCCGGAGCUGCUGACCCAUCGCCGGCUGCACACGGAGGAGCGGCCCUACAGCUGCCAGCACUGCGGCCGCACCUUCAAGAGAGCAUCAGGACUGCAGAGGCACAAGAGCGUGCACCGGGGCGGGGCCGGGGCAGGGCUGGGGCUGGGGGCGGGGCAGAGACAUGCACACACAGCCAUAGUAGCAACAGAAGACAAGCAUGGUGAGUCUCGCACACACACUGAGACAUGUGUGACUCUGUGUUACACACUGAUAGUUUGA